AUGGGAAUUUCAUCCUCUUGUAAGUUAACAAAGUAAAAUUGCAAAUUGAAGAGAACUUUCUGAGUUUCAGGUGCACGUAAAAGAUCACAUACAUCAAUUGUUUCGAGUAGAGCAAAAACCAUAAAAAUUAGCAAAAACAGAAAAAUCAAACAACGAACGGGAAAAUUGUACAAAGUUAUUUUUGAUGCCGACGGAUUCAGUGUUCAUGAUUUGGCUCUUAUAAAUCAGAAACAUUCUGAAAAUCCAACAAUUAUUGAUCAAAAUUUGAAGCCACAAUCGAAGGGAACUGUCAAACUUCUGGAAGAUCCUGAAAAAGUAUUCAGGAUUUCGAAAGAAGACAAUAAUAAUAUAAAACAAAGUUCGUCAGAUUGUGAGCUAAAAAUUGAAGAGAUUUUGGAUUAUGUCGAUGAUUUAUAUUUGCAAUUGUGUAUGUUACUAAAAUAUAGACCGGUUUUGUAUACAAUUUUCAUGAUUUUUCAGUAGACCCCGAUAGAAAUCUGGCAAUUGAAGGUGUCGCAAAAUGA